ACGCAGGAAGCCACGUUACCGUUGACUAAUGUGAACAGACCUCGGGACAGAGAGUACCUGCUCACAGUGAACACAUCUGCACACAGGAUGGUCGGAACGGCUCACAUCGUGGACACGCUGAUCCUGCUUUCUUUUAUCAGAACAGGUGUAGAUGGAGGAGGCGAUCUGACAUUUGCACAGGGGAGUUACGAUAUCACAUUUCCCUGUGAAGAGGACACAGUCUGCUUUCAUAUGUGGAAGCUCAGCAGAAGCCAAAGUCAGAACAUCGCCAUCAUCAGUAAUGGAGAGAUCCAGAGAUUCAAAUCAGAGGAAAAGAGCUGCACUCUACGAAUGGAACAUCUCACAACAGAGGAUGUCGGACGUCUUCACUGCCAUCAAAGGUCAAACGGCCUCUCUACUAAGACCUUGAUCUCUCCCCUGGAGUUAAAACACCUGCCCGGCAAAACAGUGUCACUGCAGUGUGUUUUACUCUCCUUCGUGGAGAACGGACAUUGCCUCACCAUUCGAGAGCAGGAGAUCAGCCUGACGUGGGUGGACGAAGCCAACGCUGAGAUACAAGGCGACGGCCAGCAUCGGAUAACUCAGCGGUCCCCUUGUGAUGUAACUCUGACUGUCGCCUUUCAAAGUCCUGAGCGCGUGAAGUUCAGGUGUCAGGCGACUGUGAAUGGACGGGUCCUGACUUCAGUGGAGCUGUGGGUCAGAGCUGCAGCUCCGAAAGGGAAGGGAAGAGGCCUGGUCAUAGAACCUGAAAAUCAAGGUCGUAACCAGGACACGAUCGGGGCGGCUGUGGGGGUGGCCGGCUGUGUGGUUUUGUCCGCGGCGGUUGCAGUGUUUGUUCUGAACAGAAGAAGAACAAACAACCAGCUGCCCGACGAGCCCUGUUCAGACGAGUACAGUACAAUCAACGUCAUGAAUACAGAUGAUGUCAUCUACGCUGAAAUUAUUCUCCCCGGCGGCCCUGACAGAGUGUGGGUCCCUGACUUGGAGUCCACUGAAUACUCCUGUGUCCAAUACAAAUAGUCUUCUGUCCAAUAUAUAUAUCUAUAUAUAUAUGGUACAGUGUAUUUUUACUUUGUUUGUGAGCUCCACUUGUGCCACUGCCGUACAUCCCAAUACUGUGAAACACUCCACAUCAGAUCAAUGUACUGUUACUGUAGCUAACAAAUACGUCUAUGAGGUAUUUUGCUAUUUACUUUGAUGAUUUGGUGCUGAGAUAUGAAAAGAUGUGAGAGGUAUUUGACCAAUCUACCUCAAUGCAUUUACUUAUGUUUUUUAGGAAUGACCGGCUUUUAAACAGCAGGUGAACAGUGUGUGUACAAUUACGUGUAAAUCAAGAGGCCAACAUGUGUAUUUUCAUUUAUGUUUCUGACUGAUUUCUCUGCAAACGUGUAUUCACGUUCCAGUCUAUAAUAAAAACUUUACUCUUACUCAUA